AUGAUCCUCCAGCUAGAUGAGGAUCAAGCCCGAGAGGAGCUCUCGCAUCAAGGCGUACAGCACCUGCCUUACCAUCGCCACCACGAAUGUUCACCCAGCGAGGAGAUACCAAGUUUACCACAGGAAAGAAUCAACGCUGCACGUGGAUACAAAGCAGCCCUUCAUAACCCACUUGUCUCCGAAGAGGGAAAGGAACACGCGCGCAAAAUGCUGGCAGAAAUUGACGACGAGGAAGCUCGACAGGCGCUCUACUGUAGCUCGGAGAGGCACAAGAACCCUAUGAGGGUGGCUGCGGGGCUUAAGGCUGCUCAGCAUAACCCCCGUGUGAGUGACGAGGGUCAUCAUCAGGCGGCGGAGAAAUUGCGCCGCAUGGGCCAUGAAAAUCCGGAUGAGUAA